AUGUCCUCCCAAGAACCUAACAUCACCCUCUACACCACGCAGACGCCGAACGGCAUCAAGAUCAGCAUUACGCUCGAAGAGCUCGGCAUCCCGUACAAAGUCCACAAGAUCGACAUCAGCAAGAACACGCAAAAGGAGGACUGGUUCCUGAAGAUCAACCCCAAUGGACGGAUCCCGGCGCUGACCGACACCUUCACUGAUGGCAAGCCCAUCAACCUUUUUGAGUCGGGAUCGAUAAUGCAAUACCUGGUCAGGAGGUAUGAUCCGGAAUAUAAGAUCAGUUACCCCGAAGGAACGCGAGAGUGGUAUGAGAUGAACAAUUGGCUGUUCUUCCAGAAUGCGGGUGUUGGGCCGAUGCAAGGGCAAGCCAGUAUGCACGGAUUCUUCCAAUUUUGUGAUCAGUUGAAGAGGAGGGAAGACAGAACCAAGUGCGAUGCAGUCGAGAAGCUGUAUAAGGUUGAUAAUGCGCCGGUCUCAGCAAAAGUGGAUGAUCACUUCACACGCUAUGCUCCUGAAAACAUCCAGUACGGGGUAAAUCGCUACCAGAACGAGACUCGUCGUCUCUACGGUGUCAUUGACAAGCACCUCUCAUCGAACAACAUCCCUUACCUGACUGGUGAUAAGUGCACAAUCGCUGACAUCUCCCACUGGGGCUGGGUCGCUUCUGCGGGCUGGGCCGGCAUCGACAUCACCGAAUUUCCAGCACUCCAAGCUUGGGAAGACCGCAUGGCCGCCCGUCCAGGCGUCGAGAAAGGUCGCCACGUACCCGACCCCCAUAAGAUCAAGGAAUUGCUCAAGGACAAGGCGAAGAUGGAAAAGCACGCCGCCGAGAGUCGCAAGUGGGUGCAAGCGGGCAUGAAGGAAGACGCUAAAAAGGGGGGCGAGAAGUAAGUGCAAAGUUUAUUUCUGCUGUUACGGCGAGUUCAGCUCAGCCUUGAGGUGAUCAUGGAUGCGGUGCAGUUGCGAAGGGGAAGGUGAGCUGUUAAGAAGACCUAUAGGCUGAGGGCGUUAUUGAUGAGGAGGAGGGAUAUGUGGGCCGGCGCGCAUUGUGGGGCACCCGCUACCUUGAUAUGCCUUAUGAUAUGCUCAGGGAUAUUGUCUAACUCGGCGUGCGCGUCAGCAAAUUAUAGAAACCGAAUACAUAAGAGAAUUCGAAGCAAGCUGGCUGGCUUGUAGAAA